AUAAGUAGGUACCUCAUUUCUGAAUUAAGAAAGAGACAAUGAACAACUCUUUAGAAUACUUAGCAUAUCCUGCAAUUGUUGCUAAUCACAGACAAACUACAGCUUUUAAGAAGAAAUUGGAUAUCGGGCACCAUGAAGCUCACAAGAACAGAGUGGAAGUAGCAAAGCCUACAGUUGAUACCAAACCUCCAGUGGCACAUACACACCAUAUUUUAAAACUAAGCAAAUUACAGGGUGAACAAAAAAGAUUCAAUAAAAUCGAAUAUGAAAACAAGCAACUAUGUCAAAAAAUUGCCGAUGCUCAGCGUGGUCGUCCCUCAGUGGAUUGCUGGAACGAAUACUUUUCCAAGAGCUUAAAUAGAGAAACUCGCAACAGGGAAUUAGUGAGAAUUACUGUGGAGAAUCAAGGAAUUCUUCGGAGGAUUGGAGACCGUAAACCGCACUAUGACCGAAGGGCAUCAGAGAUAGACUGGCAGAAUUCCAGACGAUAUAUAAAAAAUACCACAAGAUACCUUCUCUACAAAAAAGACUAGAAAAGUCUACAUGGGAAAAAACCCAGAAAAGAUGCGGUGAUCUCGUCAACUUGGAUUAUCAUGGAAUUCCCAAAUGGAUGAAUGAUUAGACCUUCGGAAGCUACAAUAAAUAAGUUACAUCUACAACUCUGCAUCUAGAGACAGAAAUGCAACCUGCCACCAGAAAAAAAGAUGCAAGUACAUUUUUAUUGUUUGUUUUAAACAAAAGACAUUUCACUUUGAGACUGUAUUACUCUUUUAGACAUAGAUCAAAAAGAAAAAGAAAAAGGUGAUCCUCGAGCUACAAGUUGAUUUCUACAGUCCCCCAAAAAACUCGUGACAAAAUCAAGGUUAAAAACCAACCCAUCAAACAGAUGCCAUUCUUAGAAAAAUUCUGUUAAAAAGCACAUUGAGACCACAGUGCAUAGAUUUUAUUGCUGACUAUAUGAGUCGGCACACCUGACUUUUAGAGUGAAGGGAUGGUUUGACAUCCCUGUAUUUAUUUAUAGGAUAUACAAAUUAUUCUCUGUCUUUUGAAUGUCAUUGAUUCUAUGUGAUGCAGAAAUAUUCUUCCUUGUUUGUUGGCUCUGAACUACAUCUUUUGAGAAUGGCCACUGUACUUAUCCCUAAAAAAAGCCCCAUAGUUAUUAAAGAUAUUUCUAAGAGAUACUAUUUCUGGGAGUGUAAUCACCCACUCAUGCCCUCAAGGCUAUGAUGAGGCUAAACUGGUCAUUGAAAAAUUGGAUUUGAAACUAAUGUCUUCAAACAUGUCUGUAUUUUAGCAUGGUAGCCACAAUGCAUGAUCUGUGACCACUAAGACAGUACAGUAUGAUGAAUUGGGG